UGCACAGGACCUGGGUUUCAAUCUUUGUUCCACUAUCUCAAUCCUUGUUCUUGUAGUUUUCUCUGACUUCCUAGUGGGACUUCCCAUUUCAAGAGACCCUCUGUGAAGUUUUGGAUGGAAGGACCUUCCCCAGAAUCCCCUUCGAGGGUUUAGAUUACUCUGUGGCCUGUUCUCUCAUCUCUGGGUCUGAGGUCUCUGUUUCUUAGUUUAGAUAUGCCUGUCUAGGGCCUCAUUUUUGGGGUUUAGGCCUAGGAGUAGGCCAUGGAUAUGUGGGGGAGAAGCGGAUGUAACUGCCAUGAAGCGUAUCUGAAGUCCCCCACUUAGGAGACUGAGGUAGGAAAGUCAUGAGGUCAGUCUGACUGGGCUGCACAGUGAGAUGUCGCAAAAACAGUCAAUACUGGGAUCUAUUAGGAAUAAGAAGCCAGAGACAGGGUCUCGGUGCUUAGCCCCGCCUGGGUCCAGUGCCAGUGUAGCGGCAGAGUCUUGCCUAAGGCUGCUUACUGUGCUGUUCUAAGCGGGUGAGGGUGGGGCUUGCGGAAGCAGGGAACUUUCCCUGCCUCCAGCACUGGCUCCUCGGGCUUACCCUGGAACCCACCCAAUAUUCUUAGAGGAAUUUGGAAAAAGUGACCUCUGAACUUUGACCUCAUCUCUUCAGCUUCUAGCCCGAUCCCAAGACACUGGGCAUUUAAUAUUUUUUAGUUCUAACCCCAACAGAAUCCUUCUUGAUGGGAAGAGUGUUCAGUUGUCUCCAUCCUGCUCCCUGUCUGCAAAGAACCAGCAUGUGCGGCACAGCUCGCAGCCUGUCACAUUAGGAGAGUCCCUGUCGGAAGGAUGGCAGAGACUCGGUCUUCAGGAGACUAGGAUCUGUGAAAGCUUUGACCCCUGCAUGGGGCCUCAUACUCUUGGACUGUUCCCAUGGCUGCUGCCAAGCAAUCCCGGGGGCCCAUGGACACAUUUAUGCUCUACAUUCCUGGCACAGACAGGAGUCAAAUUGAGCUUCUAGACACCCUGCAGCCUCCUCCCAUCCCCCUCUCUGCCUCCCGUAGACACGUAGGGAGGCCUCCCCGAAGAGGUGUGUCCCUAGAAUACGAGGUCCUGCUUUAGGUGGCUCCAGACCACAGGAGAGGUUUAACAUCUGAGUGCAGUGUGAAGUGGCUGUGUGAACCCUGCUCCUCAGGGAGCACACUUCCAGAGCAGGAUGCAGGCAUUGCCUUGCCAUUCCGAGAGGAUUCAAGAUGUCCAGUCCACUGGAAGAGGCUCUGGCUGUGAUGGUCUCCACCUUCCACAAGUACUCUGGUCAAGAGGGUGACAGGUUCAAACUCAGCAAGGGGGAGAUGAAGGAGCUUUUGCAUAAGGAACUGCCGAGCUUUGUGGGGGAGAAGGUGGAUGAGGAGGGACUAAAGAAGCUGAUGGGCGACCUUGAUGAGGACAGCGACCAGCAGGUGGACUUCCAGGAGUACGCCGUAUUUCUGGCACUGGUCACCAUCAUGUGCAACGACUUUUUCCAGGGGUCCCCAGCCCGGCCCUGAAAGCAGAGCGCUCCAUACCCUGCUGUGUGUCUCCUGAGCCCAUAGGGCUUUCUCUCUAUUUUUUUUUUAAAUUUUGUACUAAAUAAACUUUUGUUUGUUCAUUUAUGGACAA